CAAGCUUCUCGAACUCACCGUCCUGGAGCCACUCUGCGGCGUCGGUGAGCCACUCCACGAUCUCGCGGUCCUUCUGUUCCGCCAGCGAGGUGCGGCGCAGCACGUCGAGCAGCACCUGCUGCCGCAACCGUAGCCGCUCGCUCGGCUGCUCCACGGGUGGUGCGGCGCGGAGGGCGGGCGACGCAGAGGCAGAGCGAUCCCGCUUGCGCAUCGUUCCACUCCUGCUUGGCCGACCACAGACGCAGCAGAAAAGAAGAAAAAAAGAAGUACAGGAGAAGGAGGAUCCAGUAGGAAGGGGAAGGGUGGCGUAG